UUCUCCAUCUCAAACCUUUUCCUGCAAUUCUUCUCGCCUUUUACACCGAAAGAGAGAGCUUAGAGAUAGAUAUUUAUAAACCAGAUUACAUCCUCUUAUUUCUAUUCUUCAAAUUCAUUUGCUACAAUCGAAGUGAAAAUGGAAGGAAGGCUUUAAAUUAAGAGCAUUUCAGAUUUUGGAUAUAUGGUAUGAUUCAUUACGGCUAGCACUACAGAUGGACUUCAUUUUUGUGAUUGUUUGAGAUUUUUUAUUGAAGAAACUCAAGACGUGGGAUCGAACUUCUUCAGCGCUGUAGCAAUAAAGAGAACAAUUUUAAAAAUGACUUCUUUUUCGCUUGUUCCACCGGGAUUUAGAUUUCAUCCCACCGAUGAAGAACUUGUAGAUUACUAUCUUAGAAAGAAAGUUGCAUCAAGAAGGAUUGAUGUGGAUGUCAUAAAAGAUGUUGAUCUCUAUAAAAUUGAACCAUGGGAUCUUCAAGAGAAAUGUGAUAUAGGUGUGGAAGAGCAGAAUGAGUGGUAUUUUUUCAGUCACAAAGAUAAGAAGUAUCCAACUGGAACUCGCACUAAUCGAGCCACUACAGCUGGGUUUUGGAAGGCAACUGGAAGAGAUAAACCAAUCUACUCAAAAGAUAAUCUUGUUGGAAUGCGAAAGACCUUGGUCUUUUAUAAAGGCAGAGCACCAAAUGGGCAGAAGUUGGACUGGAUCAUGCACGAAUAUCGACUGGAAACAGAUGAAAAUGGCCCUCCCCAAGAAGAAGGAUGGGUAGUCUGCAGAGUGUUCAGAAAAAGAAUUGCUUCAACACAAACCCUGAUAAACCAUGACUCCCCUUCCUGCCAUUGGUACGAUGAAAGUGUACCAUUUAUACCACAAUUUGAUUCACCAAAGAAAUUAACAUAUCCAAACACUGAAACAUAUCAUCACCCCUCUCUCUGUUACAACUGCAAACCAGAACUUGAAGUGAUAAAUCACAACCACCUUCUUCAGAAUCAUUCUUUCCUUGAUCUCCCUCACCUUGAAAGUCCCAAGUUUCCUCACUUCAUCAACCAUGAGACUUUGCAGAACAAUCAUCAGCUGCAGAUUGUCACAGAUUGGAGAAUUUUUGACAAGUUUGUGGCGUCGCAACUGAGCCAGGAUGAUGUCUCCAAAGAAUCAGAUGUAUGUAAUUUAGAAAAAGCAAAUGAUGUUGCAGGUAAGGAGAUUGUCGCUGCAGAAUGUGCAUCUACAUCGACAUCUGGCGAGCAAAUUGAUUUGUGGAAGUGACUCUCAUAUUAUAAGUAGAGUUUGGUCUAUAUAUGCAUUGGUCAUAGAUUUAUUAUAGCAUGUUGGUGAUUGUACAUAAUAAGUGAAUAGCAUUGAGUG